AUUUGCCAGGUGUAACACUCAUCACAGGUAUAAAGGAGGACUGCUCUCGACGCACUCAGAUCAAUCUAAUUAUCUCACUACUUCUAUUUCAAUAAUCAUUCUUCAUCUUGAACUACCCUCCAUAUUAUUUAGCCAUCAUGUCGGCUCCUCUCAUCGGACUUGGGCAGGUCUUCACUGGAGCUCCACUCUCCUCCGGAAAUGCCAACGCUGAAACGCUUCUCCAGAGCGUUCAGAAUGGUCUGACUGGCGGCCAAGGCACAACUGAAUACUUUAACCGCAUCAACAACAUGGCAAAGGUCUACCAGCAGCUCAAGGACAACGGCCGUAAGGCCUGGAUUCAGGGCACCGACGCCAACAAUCUUCCUGUCUUCUACGUUGAGAGCGUUGAUAACGUAACUGGUAAAGUCUUCUUCAAUAAAAUCAGCGUCAGCGGCCUCGACUUUGAUGACAACGGUAACGUCAAAGUCAACGGUACGACGACCGUUAUAAACGGUGUGACGUACCACGGUAUCGGCGUUGUGACUAACACGGCUGGAUGGAGCGACUAUGACUUUUCUACUACCUCUUGGUGGCUCGGCGUCGGUAUCCUUGGAUAUUUUGGCUUGAAGGAUAUCUUCCCCGAUCUCUUUGGCACUAUCCAAGCUGUGGCGAAUGUUCAGGCGGAUGUCAUCCAGAAUAUAGCAGACAACCCAGAUGCUGCUGAGGGGGGAUUCGAGGAGCAGGCAGCAGAGGAGGAAGAGAACUCGAUCGGGAACGAAAGCAUCAGCACCGAGGCUAGCGAAGGUGUCGCCAUCGCAGAAGCUGAGGAAGCAGGUGCUGCAGAAGUGGGUGGGGUUUUCCUCGAAGCAGGCAUUGUUCUCGCCAUCGUCUUCGUGGUUCUAUCAUUUGUUUUGCAUAACACUUUCCAGUACGUGAGAGUCUGGAACUUAACCAGGUACAAGCUUGUCUGGGUAAUCAAGUUCGACCAGAGCCAGAUCACGGACGAGGGCCAGCUCGUCAUUGGCCCUGUUACUUUCAACUCGGACAACAGUAUCAAGGACUAUCAGCCAAUUCUUCCCUUAAACAGUACUCCCGCUCCUCCUGGCGUCAAGCCUCCGCCCACUGCACAGUUUGCAGACAUGAACAUCAACUCCAGCAGUCAGUUUGCUGGCAUUGGGUAUGUUCUCCAAUACCAGCUGCAGGAUCCAGCAUCUGGCGAGACUGUAUACACCGGCACCGCCUAUUUCGACCUUCCAUUUGGUGCUGACAACUCCACCAACGUGACCUUUGAUCAGGUUUCGAACUUACAGAGAUGGUAUAACGAUAAUUCUGGCAACAACAAGCAUACACUUGCCAGCACCACAACCCCUGAUGGAAAGGUCAUCUUCUUCACCACUUUUGACUACCUGAGUGGCAAACACACUGUGCCUCAGGUACCCAAGGGCUCCCCGACUACCCAGUACUACUACCAGUCUCUCGUUGCAUUCGUUGAGAACGAUCUUCCGUCGGCUUUGCAGACUGUACCAAAGGCUCUCACAACCAAUUUGUUUCAGGCGAGCCCGCUUAACGGAGUCCAUCCCAAGAUUAGACGACGUGUGUUUGGCAGACGCGGAGGGACUCCCAAAGCUAAGAAGGCCUAGAUGGCAUUAGUUGUUCUGGGAUAGAGAAGCUAGAAUCUUCCAGACUGUCUUUAUCUGCAAGUGCUCUGUUGACUUUCGGUAUCCUGUAGCAAUGCUCCCAUUAGCAUGUCCUGUGCUCCCCGUGAAUGAGGAGACUUCGCUUCUUUGACCUCUUAUGGUCGCUAUUUGAUUCAUGUUCGAGAACUACGAUAUCUGAAUACUUUAUUUGUAUGCUCUUGUCAAGGUCACCUCUUCUGUGAUCCUCAGACUUUAUGAAGACAAAUGCUUCUUGUUUAAGC